AUGUCAGAUGUUCCAGAAAAUGCAAAUGCACACUGUCCUGGAACGGCAAGUGAGGAAGCCGGCAAGACAUCUUCUUGUGCCGGCUGUCCAAAUCAAACGGUUUGCUCUUCUGGCGAAUUAAGAAAACCGGAUACAGAUGUGGUUUAUAUGAGUGAUCGUUUGAAGAGUGUUAAGCACAAAUUGCUGAUCCUAUCGGGAAAGGGUGGUGUUGGAAAGAGCACUGUAACAGCGAACAUAGCUCGUGCCUUGGCCAACGAUCCUACAAAACAGAUUGCGAUACUCGAUGUGGAUAUUUGUGGUCCAUCACAAGCACGUAUGAUGGGUGUUGAAGGGGAAAGUGUACACGAGAGUGCGGAAGGUUGGAGCCCAAUAUUUACGAAGGAUAAUCUAUGCAUUAUGAGUAUCGCAUUUCUUAUACAAACAAAAAAUGAAGCUGUUAUAUGGCGUGGCGCUCGCAAAAAUGCUCUUAUCAAACAAUUUCUCAAGGAUGUUGACUGGGGAAAUAUUGACUAUUUAUUGGUGGACACACCACCAGGCACAUCUGAUGAACACAUUUCAAUUGUACAAUUUUUACUGCAAGUUGGUACACUGGAUGGUGCAAUUCUAGUAACAACACCUCAAGAAGUUUCUCUCUUGGAUGUACGAAAAGAGGUGAAUUUUUGUCGCAAAACGAAUGUUCCAAUCGUGGGCGUUUUGGAGAAUAUGAGUCAGUUUGUAUGCCCGUGCUGUUCAACAGUUUCGAAUCUCUUUCCGGCUACAACUGGCGGUGCGGCAAGUAUGUGUGACGAAUUAGGGUUACGUUUAAUUGAUGCGAUGCCAUUAGAUCCACGAAUGGCUGAAUGCAGUGAUCGGGGCGAGGAUUUCUUCGAGAAAUAUCCCGAAUCUAUAUUGGCGAAGAAAUUCGUGAAACUAGCUGAAUUCCUUGUUGCAACACUUUGA